AUGAUUCGAGUACGAGUAUAUCUGACCAAAGGAUACCUGGUUAUUCAUAGCAAGCAAAAAAGACUGGUUAUAGAUCUGUAUAAAACAAAGAAGGCAAAUGAACCCAACAUAUUAUUCAAACAGUUAAUAAGAGAAUUAAUGAGUGAAACUGGAUUAGGAAAAAAUAGCAUUGAAAAAAUUAUUUCAGAAUAUAAAACCCGAAAAACCGUAUCGUCUCCUAAUAUGAACAAAAUCAGACCAAAAAUAUUUAACCGCAUGGAAGAUUUUGAUAAAAAUGCCAUUCGACAAAUAGUUCAUACAUUUUGGCGAAACCGUGACCCACCAACGUUGAAUAAAAUCGUGAUUGCUGUUUCUGAAGAUGACAGUUUACCUACAAUAAAACGGACAACCAUGUACGCACUUCUUAAAGAACUAAAUUUUGAAUACACGAAGAGAAAACGAAAUGGUUAUUUAACAGAAAGAAAAGAUUUAAUAGUAUGGCGUCGAAAUUACUUGCGAAGUAUUAAAGCAUACCGAGAAGAAGGACGAACAUUGUAUUAUUUGGAUGAAACUUGGUGCAAUGCAGAUGACUGUUCACAAAAAGUACUUGUAGACAAUACCAUAAAACCAAACAAGGACGCAUACCAAGAAAAACUGACAACAGGUGCAAAAAACCCAACAGAAAAAGGCAAACGCCUCAUCGUUGCACAUAUCGGGUCACGAAAAGGUUUUGUUAAUGGAGGUCUACUAUGUUAUGAAUCUGAAACUAAUUGUCGUGAUUACCAUCAUGAAAUGAAUGGUGACAGUUUUUUAAAAUGGUUUACACAUAUUUUGCCGUUAUUGGAUGACAAUUCAGUAAUAAUAAUGGAUAGCACUCCUCACCAUUCCAUGACGGAAGAAAAAAUUCCUGUAUCAUCGUGGAAAAAGCAGGAUAUUAUGGAAUGGCUCAAACAGAAAAACAUACCAGUUGACAAUUCAUAUGCUAAAGCAGAGCUAAUGAAUCUAGUGCGAAAACAUAAACCAGAAUUUGAAAAAUAUGUUGUUGACGAAGUAGCUAAGGCAGAAAAUAAAAUUGUAUUACGACUUCCGCCUUACCAUUACGAGUUGAAUCCGAUAGAGCUAGCAUGGUCCAAGGUUAAAGGAUAUGUGAAAAAUAGAAAUACCACUUUCAAAUUAAACGACGUGAAACAGUUGCUGAUUGAAGGUGUUGAAGCGGUCACAGAGGAAAAUUGGCGCUGUUUUGAUGAUCACGCUAUCAAAGAAGAAAGUAAAUUCUGGGAAAUUGACAGUUUGAUUGACGACUUUUUGGAAAAUGACUUUACGCGUGCAUUUAAUGGCGGGACUGGUGAUACUUCGAGUGACAAUACUGACAGUUUGUAA